AUGGCUAGUGGCACAAUUAGCAGCUACAAUCUAGGAGAGCACAUUACCAUUGCCGGCCUUGCUGUGCAGUUGUUAUUCUUCAGCUUCUUCAUGGUUACCUGUGUAACCUUCCACUAUCGCAUUCGAAGAAACCCUACCAUGCGAGUGAUGGGGACCUCAAGUCGUGGAAAUGGCAAAACACAAGGGACGUGGGAAACAGUGCUUUUCGGCUUGUAUAUUGCAAGUAUUCUUAUCUUGGUGCGGUCGAUUUUUCGUUUGAUCGAGUACGCGCAAGGCAACAGUGGGUACCUCAUCAGCUACGAGGUUUUUAUGUACAUCUUUGAUGCGGCCUUGAUGUUCCUAGCCAUGCUGAUCAUGAAUAUCGCUCACCUGACGAACCUGCUAGUGGGCUCACGGAAAGAGCACCAUGAUACCCAGAUGGAAUCACUGGACCAUUGA